GUCUUGGUAGUGAGACAGUCAAAGCACCAAGUGGGAGAAAAAGUCCACACGGCCCAAGCCUCCUUCACUUUGGUCUUUAAUCACGGUUUUCAGUUUCAUGCAUCAGUCAUCUGUCGUGUUAAGUGCUCCACCUGUGCAUACCAAGUGUGACGAAUACGGCCUUGAGAAACUUAAUCGGCUGUGGAGGGAAUGUGGGUGUAUUGUUUUGGUUCCAGCCUAAUCACACUGUUCAUUAGUCUGCAGCACGGCUUCACGAUGAAACUAUGAGCCAUUUCUUUAAUGUUGUAAACUGGAAGUAUUGGGUUUUUUUGUUUUUUUUUUUUGCACCAACGAUCCUGUUCUUUUCUUUUUUCUCCUACAAGCUGAGCGUGACAUCAAAUCAGCAUGUGAUCUUGUGGUUUAAGGUAACCCGUAUAAGAAAGUAGACAUGAGACUGUUAAAGCUGCUUGCCGUCAACAGAACUGCGACCCUUAGGUUACUGGCUGCAUCUCAGCACUGACUGGAUAAAAUGACUGAUUUUACUCCAGAACCUGAAGAUUUUGAGAACGAGAGUUUUUCUGGUUUCUCAGGAGACUAUGACAUUGGCAUGAAUGAAAGCUCAAACUUCUGCAACAGAAGCUGGGUUAGGCUGUUCCGUGGCCAGUAUGAACCCCCUUUGUUCUGGAUCAUCUUCAUUCUGGGCGCCGUGGGCAACCUGAUGGUGGUUGGGAUCUACACCAUGGUGCGUAACCGCCUGAAAACAAUGACUGAUGUGUACCUGCUGAACCUGGCCGUGGCCGACCUCCUCUUUCUGUGCACACUGCCCUUCUGGGCUGCCGAGGCCACCAAGGGCUGGGACUUUGGUGUCACUCUUUGCAAAAUGGUAUCGGCAGUUUACAAGAUCAACUUCUUCAGUAGCAUGCUCCUCCUCACGUGCAUUAGCAUAGAUCGCUACAUUGCUAUUGUGCAGGUCACCAAAGCCCAGAACCUGAAGAGAAAGAGGCUCUUCUACAGCAAACUGGCCUGCCUGGGUGUCUGGAUUGUCUCCAUUCUCCUGGCCCUUCCUGAGUUCAUCUUUGCCCAGGUCAAGGCGGACGGGAAGCAGCAGUACCCCUGCAGACUUGUCUACUGGAACAACAUAAAUAACCGGACUAAGAUUCUAGUGUUGUCCCUGCAGAUCUGCAUGGGCUUCUGCCUUCCCUUCCUGGUGAUGGUUUUUUGUUACUCAGUCAUCAUUCGUACGCUGCUGCAGGCCAAGAGCUUUGAAAAGCACAAGGCCCUGCGGGUCAUCUUUGCCGUGGUAGCCAUGUUUGUCCUGACCCAGCUGCCACACAAUGGCCUGCUGAUGAUGGAGGCUGCACAGGCAGCCAACACCACAAUCACCAAAUGUGCCACUUUGAAACUUUUUGAUGUCGCUGGUCAGAUUGCCAAGAGCCUGGCGUUUACACACGCCUGUCUCAAUCCGUUCCUCUACGUCUUCAUUGGAGUUCGAUUCCGACAAGACCUUGUGAGGAUGGUAAAGAUGUGUGCUGUAGGUCUUGGGAAAGGAGGACUCAGCAAAAUCCAGCCAGUUCCAAAACGUCCUUCGGUGAUGUCAGACACAGAAACAACGCCUGCGCUUUCGUUAUAGAGGAGCCGUACUGCAUACCAAACAUGAGAGCUGAGCUUGGAACUUCAACUUCGGCAUUACUUCCUGCACUGCCUGAUGUACAUUAAACAGACAACAACAAAGUAUUUCAUUGUUUUUACUUUCAACCACAUUCUGACUGCAAAGACAGGCUGAUGUCAGUUCUGACUCCUUUAUCUGUGUAUCUUCUGAAAGUUCCAGCCUGCACUGGGGGGGAGACGUGCAUCCCAGACAGGUCACCAGACAGACACUUCUGUUUCAUACAGACAUCUCAGCUGGGUCGGAUUUAAAAUGGCAUCCUCUUUGCAAUGAGAGGCCAGUGAUAACCAUGUUACUACCAUGUUGUGCCAUUUCCAAAGUCACUGUAUGAAAUGUGUAAUAGUGUAAAUACACUGAAGUUUGUUGGUCAUUUUUUAAACACUUUUUUACAUUAUGAUUUCAUUGUGUGCUGCUGUAACUGGAAAAAUAAAUGAACUUCAUUUUUUGAUAUUAACAGGGAAAUAAAAUAAUAAAAAAACAUUCAAGCAUUAA